AUGGCGAACGCCAGCGAGCUGGCAAGUAGCAGCAGCAGCAGCAGCCCGCACCUGCCCAGCCCUGGCGGUCUCCUCAGCGCCUCUGGCCUCAAGCUCACCACGCUGGGCUUGAUCCUCUGCCUCAGCUUGGCUGGCAACGUGCUCUUUGCCUGGCUCAUCCUCAAGGAACGGCACCUGCACCGGGCCCCCUACUACUUGCUGCUGGACCUGUGCCUGGCCGACGGCCUCCGCUCCCUGGCCUGCUUCCCCUUCGUCAUGCUCUCGGUGCACAGCGGGGCCGGUGCCUGGCCACACAGCCCACUCAGCUGCAAGGUGCUGGCCUUCCUGGCUGUGCUCUUCUGCUUCCACGCCGCCUUCCUGCUCUUCUGCGUGGGCGUGACGCGUUACAUGGCCAUUGCGCAUCACCGCUUCUAUGCGAAGCGCAUGACGGGCUGGACCUGCUUGGCUGUGGUGUGCAUGGUGUGGACCCUCUCCAUGGCCAUGGCCUUCCCGCCUGUCUUUGAUGUGGGCACUUACAAGUUCAUCCGGGAGGAAGAGCAGUGCAUCUUUGAGCAUCGCUAUGUCAAGGCCAAUGACACGUUGGGCUUUAUGCUCAUGCUGGCCACUGUCAUUGCUGCCACCCAUUUGGUUUACAUCAAGCUCCUCUUCUUCAUCCACAGCCACCGCAAGAUGAAACCGGCACAGUUGGUGCCAGCCAUUAGCCAGAACUGGACUUUCCAUGGUCCUGGAGCCACUGGCCAGGCUGCUGCUAACUGGACUGCUGGCUUUGGCCGGGGCCCCACCCCUCCUACCUUGGUAGGCAUCAGACAGAAUGCUACCCACAGCCAGAUCAAGCGGCUGCUGGUCCUGGAGGAGUUCAAGACUGAGAAGAGGAUCUGCAAGAUGUUCUACAUGAUCACCUUGCUCUUCCUGCUUCUCUGGUCCCCCUACAUUGUGGCCUGUUACUUGCGCGUCUUCAUCAAGGCCAGCACUAUCCCGCAGGUCUACCUGACAACUUCUGUCUGGAUGACCUUUGCCCAGGCAGGAGUCAACCCCAUUCUGUGCUUCAUUUUCAACAAGGAACUCAGAGUGUCUUUCAGAGCUCGUUUUCUCUGCUGCCAAAGCAUACAGAAUACCCAAGGCACCAUUCUGUGUGAUCUGAAGAAUUUUGGGAUGUAGUUUUCUCUUCCUAUUUACACAAACAAGUUAAUAAUCUUUACCCUUUUUUAUGCACUUGAAGGAGACAUCUUGAUAUCUCCCCAACCUUUAGGUUCUAAGAGGGUUUUUAUGUAUGUGAUAGGGGACAAUUUGUGUGUGGGGUUGGGGUGGGUAAUAACACAUGGCUCCAAAUUUCUUGACUGCUUCUGGCAUUUCUACAAAAAACAAUUCUGACAUGGAUAAAAAGGCCAUAAUUUUGUGUUAAUUUUUUUUAAAACCCUACCAGUUUUGAUAAAUGCUAAGCAAUUUUAUUCCUGAUAUAAGAUUUGAUAAAAGGCCAAAAUGAAAUUUUAUACUGAAGUUAUUUUUGAUGACCUCAAAAUAUUGUAUUACAGUGUUUGUUUUUAAAGGGUAACCAAGAAAGGAAAACUACUGUGUUAAGAAGUCAGUUCUUGGUAGGGAGCUUUGGGGUUAAUUUUAUUUCAGUCCUUAAAGCCGCAGCGUUCUAACUUUGCCUGACAUAGAAACAUGGGAUGCAGUCCUAACCUACAUACUAAUCGUACUCAAGUUAUUAGGUCGUUUCCUAUUGACCUAAAGAGAAUUAGGUUCACUUGCUGUGAUGUAGAGCCAAGUUACAUUUUCUUGUUGCACUGUUCCUUUGAUAGUAUCUGGGGGCCCUUUGAAAAAUGAUAAUUUUAAAAGCAAAAUUAUCAUAUAUCAACUUUAAAAAAUGUCAGUAUCAGGUUUUUAAAGUACACUGACUUUCAUACUUUACUGGCUUUAUAAGAUGUUAUCUACAAACUGGAUAAUACUUGUACAUUUUGACUGUUUUAAUAAAGCACUGUCCAAUUUUCAUACAUGAAA